UCUGAGUUGCUGAGCCGCAGCCAAAGCUUACCUAACCACCGACCUCACUUGUUGGUCAAUCUUGAAACUUGACUAAAGUGGCAGUCAGAUCGGAACUGAACACCACUACACAGUACGGAGUAGUUAGGACCCUUACCCCUCGAGUGAUGGUAAUUCUCCGGUCUUGUUAUUUUUCUUAAUUUUCUCAUUUACCCCGCGGUCAACUUGCAGCACAAAUAACCCUCGCAACAACCUUCAACAAAUUUAAAAUGAGCUCCCAAAAUAAUAUCUCUUCCGCUAUUGCGGACGCCCAGGAGAGAGCUCGGGCGUUGGACCGGGAUGACCCGCUUGCAUUUACACGCAACGAGUUCAAUAUCCCGACCAAAUCCCAGAUCGCGAGCACCCGCUUGCCCGACUCAGCUACCACCAAAGCUGGGUCCGGGUCUGACGAUGGCGCCGCUGAUAAGUGCGUCUACCUCUGCGGGAACUCCUUGGGGGUUCAACCCAAGCGGACCCAAACCCGCAUCAACCAAUAUCUAUCCACUUGGGCUACCCAGGGAGUUCAGGGGCACUUCAAGCCCCUCGAGGAGUCACCGCUGCCUACCUGGCUCGACGCAGAUGAGAAAGCCGCCCAGCUUAUCGCCCCGAUCGUCGGUGCCUCUGAGGCCGAGGUGGCUGUCAUGCAAACACUGACGGCCAACCUCCACCUGCUCAUGUCUGCAUUUUACAAGCCGGACAUCAACGGGAAACACAAGAUCAUGCUCGAGAGCAAGGCGUUUCCUAGUGACCACUUCGCCGUCGAAACCCAACUCCGCCACCACAACCUCGACCCGGCCACCUCCAUGAUCACGCUCACCUCACCCUCCUCCCCCGAAGACAACGUCCUCACCACAGCGGAAAUCCUCGCCGCCAUCACCGAGCACGCAUCCUCCACCGCCCUACUCCUGCUCCCCGGGAUCCAGUACUACACGGGCCAGCUCCUCGACAUCCCCACCAUCACCGCGCACGCACACUCCCACGGCGUGUUCGUCAUCUGGGACCUCGCGCACGCCGUCGGCAACGCGCCGCUGGCCCUGCACGACUGGGGCGUCGACGCCGCCGCCUGGUGCAGCUACAAGUACCUCAACGCCGGGCCGGGCUGCAUCGGCGGCCUGUUUGUGCACGAGCGCAACAGCGCCGUGCCGCCCCCCGUCGAAGAGGUGGCAGAGGGGGAGGGGGAGGGGGAGGGAGAGGGAGAGGACUAUGCCAACCGCCUCGCUGGCUGGUGGGGCAACGACAAGCGCACCCGCUUCGCCAUGGUCAACCGCUUUCGGCCCGUGCCGGGUGCCGCGGGGUUUCAGCUGAGUAACCCGAGUAUUCUGGAUAUCACCAGCCUGUCGGCGUCGCUCGAGGUGUUUGCCGAGGCGGGCGGGGUCGGCGCGCUCAGGGCCAAGUCGCUGCGGUUGACGGCGUUUCUGGAGGGGCUGCUCGUCGGCGAGGGCGCGCUGGUGGGCAGGGAGGAGAGGGCCCUGUUUCGGGUGAUUACGCCGCGCGAUCCGGCGCAGAGGGGCGCGCAGCUGAGUCUGAAGCUAAGUGGGGGGUUGUUGGAGCCGGUGAUGAGGGAGUUGGAGAAGCGGGCUGUGAUUGUGGAUGAGCGGAAGCCGGAUGUGAUUCGGGUGGCGCCCGCGCCGUUGUAUAAUACCUUUGAGGAUUGUGUGCUGUUUGUGGUGGCUUUUGCUGAGGCGCUGGCGGUGGCGAGGAAGGAGGUGGCUGUAUGAGAUGAUAGAGGAAUAAAGCUUUUUUCGCGGGUGAUCGGGCGUAGAUAUUGUUGUGG